CAAGGCCAAGUAUCAAUGAGUGCAGCAAGGGACACAUUACAUUACAGAUCUCCUCCCCAUUCACAGACCUCGGCUGCCAUGUCACCGCUGGCAAAUCCGUUCAUUCUCGUUCUACUGCAGUCCCUCCUCGGUGAAGGAAAAUACCAAAGGCUGACGGUGUCACAGACUCCAAGAUCGAUAUUGGCACUGAGGGGCCAGAGCGUGAAGAUAAACUGUUCCUUCAGCCAUGAAAACUACGAGCAAGUGUGGAUCAAAUGGGAACGCAAUCAUCCUGCCCGCAGGCUUUGUGACUACACGUUCAACAGAUUGAAAGCCAAUUAUACGCAGAGGGACUGUACACAACGUACCGACAUUAUGCUGGACCUCACAACAAGCUCGUUCAUACUGACAAUCUCCAACCUACAAGUCAAUGAUUCUGACAUCUAUCUCUGCCGGAUGUCCCUUGAAAUACCCCCUCCUGUUCAAAUAGUCGAGGGUAGCUCGACCAACCUGACCGUGGAAGCUCGUCCGCGGGUCUGGGUGAGCGCGGAGCCCGUGUCCACCCCCACCCAGGGGGUCCGGCUCACCUGCACGUCGCUGGACUUCUACCCCGGCCCCAUCCAGGUGUCCUGGUUUGCAGACGGACACCAGCUCACCAACGGGACGGAGACCGGGCCCCUCUCCCCCAACCCUGACGGCUCCUUCUCCAUCUCCAGCUUCCUGAACCUCACCCUCACCGCCUGGGGCCAGGGCGGAGACUACACCUGCCAGGUGAACCACUCCACGCUCCACAAACCCAUCACACAACACAUUUCUGCGCACUAUCCAGGCAAAGAAAAUAUUACUUGUGCUAUAGGAAGAGUCACAGUCUUAGCUGUGGCAAUGCUGAUUGUGAUGGCAUCACUUGUUUGCUAUUUCAAACGCAGGAAAGCUGGCAGAAAGGCUGGUGUGUUGCGAGGAAACGGUCUACAUCACGAUUCUCUGCGACUCGAAGCCGGCUCAAGAAACAAUUAUACUUCACUGAAAUGACUCUUCCAGGAACAUCGAAGCGAUGACCCACUGCAGUUCCCCAGUUACCGCUUCAUAAUGGAUUUACAUUGUGACUGGUGGACACAAGAGUAACAAUGACGCUUCCUGUUCAAAGUUCCUUAUUUCUAAUUUUUUUAUAUUAAUGAAGCAUUAAAUACGCAAGUUGCUGUGUUAUUUACCUUGCUUAAUUCAAAUAUUAGCGAUUUCUAUUUUAAGUUGCAAAAAGCAUUAGACAAAUACUGAAAUGUACUUGUUGGUCUGGGAUGAUUGGUGGGUGGAUUAAUCUUCCUUUAAAGCACUUUGAUAAUAUUUCAACCAAAACCUAAAGGUUGUGGUUUAUAUAUUGACAGAAACUAAUGCUGAACUUUUAAACUAAUCAACAUGGUUCUGACUCGAUGCGGUAUUUGACUAUCUGCUGUUUAUUCUAAUGAAAUACAAUUCCUUUAAUACUUCUUGUAAAUCAGAAAACAUCCCUGUAUUUUUCAAGUCAAGUCAAGUCACUUUUAUUUCUAUAGCACAUUUAAAAAACAUCUCUCGUUGACCAAAGUGCUUUACAUUGAUGGAGGUACUAAUGUUAUACAACAUUGGCUCAUAGAUUAAGUACAUACAUAAAUACAUACAUAUACCCGUCCCUCAGAGGAGGUCAAGAAAAAUCAACUAUACAUUAUUACAUCAAUCUAUCCCCAUCUAAAAAAUAUUAAUAUUUCAGUCUAUUGCAGUUCAUUAAUCCAGCCCAGUUUUACAAAUACUGGAAUCAUUUUAAUUGGCCAAAACUAAUUUGUGCUAAUAAAUUAUGAAAUUGCACCAUGGAUUUGGUCAACACAUUGGGUGCAUUACACUGCUCUCUGCCUCCCUGCAGGCCACCUGUGCAAGUUACCUGUGUUUAACGGCAGGUAAGCACCAGCUUAUCACUGAAUAUCCUCUCUCUCAUUAAUUGGGUAUUUUACUGGUCCAGUUAUUAUGGUCAAAGCUGCAACCUGUGACCACACGAGUCUGAUAUAAACACACACGUUCAUACACAUAACAGGCUCGGUAGACGGACUUUUCUUUCGAAUCUAGGUUUUCCAAAAUUAAUUUUUUCUUAAUUCAGCUUCAAACAAUGUGUAAGAAACGCUAUUGCAAAUGAAUCUUUUGGCUACAAAUAUGUUGCUACAGCACUUAUAUAACUAAGACAUGACAAUAUCAAAGGGUUUACAUUUUGUAAAGCCACAUUUGUUUUCAGUUCCAAUUUCAGAGAAACCUUAU